AUGUCGUACCUCUCGAAUCAAAUGUCGACUUUUAAGAGUCAUGUCAGUUCGUCCGCAACAAAGAUCAAUAAGCGGACUGUCAACGCUGCCCCAGACCGCAUGUCUACUCCUCCUCUGUCAUCUCAAAGUUCGAAGAACGAUCUCAAGCGAAAAAGGCCGGAGCAGCAUACUGCUUACUCUCAGCCUGCUGACACGGGAAAAGGCAACAAUAUGAUGACCCAGGUCACGUACGCUGUAGAAUAUUUGAAAGGGAAAACUACUCCCCAGACCCUUACAGACAUCAUAUCGUAUCUUUCAGUGCAGCAUCAAGGGGAACGCUACAGGCGAACACUGGGUAGCAUACUGAUGCAACAUGAGAAAGUCGAAUUUGAGCGCAAAGAUGAUGGAGGGGAAGGCACGUAUCGGUUUCGACCUAUUCACAACAUACGGUCGAAGGGCACUCUACUGGAGUUCCUUCAACAACAGCGCACCGCUCAAGGUCUAAGCGUCAAAGAUGUACGUGAUGGAUGGCCUGGCGCAGAAGCGGCAAUUGACGAGCUAGAGGUUGAGGGCAAGCUGCUCUUGACCAGGAACAAGAAAGACAAUCAUGCAAAAAUGAUGUGGGCAAAUGAUUCGUCCCUCUCGUAUCAGAUCGAUGAGGAAUUUCAGGAUAUAUGGGAGAAAAUUCGGCUCCCAGAUCCUAAGAUUCUCGCUGAGGAGCUAGAGAGGAAUGGUCUGGUGCCAGCAAAUAAAAACAAAGCCAUAAGAAAGCCGGUGAAGCUGGAAGCGGAGAAAAAGAAAAAAACACGGAGGGGAGGAAAGACUACCAACACGCACAUGGCAGGCGUCUUGAAGGAUUACUCUCACCUGAAGAAAUGA